GUUAUAUGGAGUUAUUAUUUGUCAAUUUGUUAAAUAAUAGUAUCUCAAUUCAAUGUUGGAUUUGUAGUCAAGGCUUGUUCUUAGGUUUCUCAAGUCACACUUGACUUUAAGUGUUAUUCUGCAAAUUGUGAAGCAAGGAGGUGUUGCACUAAUUUCACAGAGUCACAGUGUGGCAAGCAGGGCCGAGAUCCGUGGAAACGGUGGCACGAGUGUUUAUAAACAUCUCCUGCGAUCCACACUGGCCUCGUGUCCAAUGGAGGAGCUCCGGACAGAUGAAAGGGGGAUUGACUACAGUGAAGGAAGACUGCUGCAUAAAAAAAACGUAAUAAAACACAAAAUAAAGACCAGGCCUGGUCCUCUCUCAUCCUUCACUGGCAUCAUUAGCAAUCACACCUCCAGCCUCACUCCGUUAGGCUUGCUACACACACAUAGACCUUAACACAUAACCCACAAACCUAAAUAACUGUGACAACAGCAAAUGUAAAAAAAUAAAGUGUAACAGUACAAAAGUGUAACAGUGAAGUCAACAGCAACAGCAUAAAUAAAGUAUGGAAACUGCGAAAAAAGAAAAAAAAGAAUAGAAAAAAAUGGUCCUAAAACUUAAAGUGCAUAAUUUAUUUAUGCUGCAAUGCAUGCUGGGAACUCACAAACCUGUACCAUUGUUAAAGGCAUCAUUAAAUAUCAGAUGGGUGAAAUUUGUUGAUUCCUUAAGAAUUGUUAAUCAGGUGACCUGCUGGUUGCUCCUCUGUAAUGACGUGUGUGUGUGUGUGUGUGUUAGCAGGAUUAGGCCUUAGAUAACAGGAUUAGAAUGUUCCACACACUACUGAGAAUCCUUAAAUAGCCUAUGAGAGUGUCAGUGUCUCAUUCAUUUGAUGUGGUUUGAAAUUUUCUGUGGUCCACCACACUCGCUUUCAUCCUGAAUGAUCUGAAAUAAGUUUAGUUGUCAUUUUACAGAUAUGGCUGAUGUGUUGAGGGGUCUGAACCUGCUGGAAACGCUAAAGGAGUCCAUUGAGAAGAACAACAUAUCAGAUAUAAAAGAUGCCAUGGAGGACAUGCUGAUCAGCAGAAUCAACAUCGCAAUCGCUGGGGAAAGAAAAGCAGAAAAAGCCACUUUUAUCAACUCACUUCGAGGGAUGAGUCAAGACGACGAAGGCUCAGCCCGCUUUCCAUCAUCUGCUGCCCCAGAGGAACUAACCAUAUUCCUGAACUCCAAACAUCCCGACUAUCGCCUCUUCGAUCUGCCACCCAUCUCUAGCGAUCCCACUUUUCAGGCCGAGGAAUAUAUAGAGCGCUUCAAAGCUGUGCGGUACAACGCCAUCAUUAUCACAUUCACAGAGAGUCCUAGUGUUAACAGUGUGGCGUUGUGGAGGGAAUUAAGGUCGCUGCAGAAAGAGACAAUUUACUUUGUCUUAUUAGCGUCUGUGAACGAUACCGAUAAAACACUGGAGGUGAAGAAAGCGAAAAGCUUAGAAUUGCUCAAGGCAGAAGGUGUUCCUCUCCCCAAGGUGUUCCUGGUACAACCUUCCGCUUUGGAGAAGCUGGACUUUCUAACGUUUUUAGAGGUCAUGCGAGGUGACCUUCCAGAGAUCAGGGCGCAUGCUCUUCUUCUGGCACUUCCAACAUUUUCCAAAUCCUUGGUCACUCAGAAGAAAGAUGCCUUCAAGGCACUGGUGUGGGCUGCUGCCUCAUUAUCCGGUGGCGUGUCUGCCAUUCCCGUACCCCUGGUGUCUUCCAUGGUGGACGCUACGGUGGGCGUACGUAUUUUAACGAAGGCUCAGAUCUCACUUUGCCUGGACGACGAGUCUCUGCAGCGACUGGCGAGGCAGCGGGGUCUCGACCCAGCCAGGAUGAAGGCUCUGCGGACCUGCGCUCUCUCUGUGGAGGUCAGCAAGAGUGAAGUUAAAAGACGGCUCGCGGAGGCCGAGAAAGACACCAGCACUGCAACCACCAGACUCGUGGAGCUAGCCAUGCCGAGACAUGCUAGAUCCGUCAGCAGAUCUUUCACUGUUAUGCUACAGGCGCUCAAUACUGCUAUUGAUGAUAUGGGUGCGGAUGCUGAGAAGGUAGUUACUAUGGUAACAGGAGAGGGACAGUAGAUUGAGCAGGACACAAAAUUACAACAUUCUCUUUUCAAUCUUGGAUUGACCAUAGUAUUUCCUUAAACCAGUGGUUCUCAAAGACAGGCAAAGUACUAUUACAAUGUAAUGGCAAACUCGGUUGCCCAUCCCUGUUUGUUUGAACCACGGAGGCUUCAAAGCUUACACUACUCCUACAUCCUACAAGUGUUACUCUUUUGGCAUAAGUCGACUUCUGUCUGCCGGAAGCUAGUUAUUUUAGUCGAGAAAUACCAAUUGACUCCCAAUAUAAAACCUCGGAAGAGCCAGGACAUUUUUCAGAACUAUCACUUUAAGGUAGCCUGGAUGCCAGCUGAACUUAGCCCCUCCCACAACAUUUGAGGGCGGGAAGUUCAGACUUGAUCCGCUGUGGAGCAACUAUGCUCGAACGAUACCAAAAAGCGCUUGGGUUGAAUUUGUUUACAUCAAAGCUGGCUGCCGCUAGAGAAUUGAGAUGAGUAGAUUCUGCCAUCACGUCUAUUAUAGAAGAUGUAGACAAUGCAUUCAUUUUAAAAGACGAAAAGAGAACCGCGAUCAAGGCAUUUGUCGAUCGGAAAGAUGUUUUUGCCGUAUUUAUUAUGGGAUUCAGCAUACGUCACUUACUCCUUUGCUCGGGUGCGUUUCCCGUACAACGAUGUAACUUGCUGCUUCACUACCAUAGUACGAUGGAGAAAUAAACUAGCUAGUCGCGACUGUUUCCCGAAACCCAUUGUUUGCGAAUGUUCGUUGGAACGAUGGUUUCGGGAAACACCGACUCGUUG